AUGGCGUACUUGAGCAUGGGAGAGGCCCACAGGAGAAUCAACGACUACCUCAACCGCUUCUCCGACGCCGUUUCGACCCAGGACGGGGCUUCCCUCAAGCAGCUCCUCUCUCUCUCAUCUAACAACCCGGCUAUCCUCUCUCUCGCCGAUGCCCUCAACGUCUUCCAGGACGCCAAUAGAUUGAUUAAACAGUCCGAUAACGACACUCAAUUUGGUGAAAUUCUGGUUCAUCUGUUCCGUGCUUUUCAGAGCUACCGAGUCGGGAGCUUCAUUGAUUCUUACCAAGCCUUUGAAAAAUCUGCAAAUGCUUUUAUUCAGGAGUUUAGGAACUGGGACACAGCCUGGGCUUUGCAAGCAUUGUAUGUUAUAGCCUAUGAAAUUAGGGUUCUAGCCGAGAGGGCUGAUAAGGAAUUGGCUUCAAAUGGAAAGUCCCCGGAGAAGUUGAAGGGAGCUGGUUCUUUCCUUAUGAAAGUUUUUGGGGUUCUUGCUGGAAAAGGACCAAAACGUGUUGGAGCAUUAUACGUGACUUGCCAGUUGUUUAAAGUUUACUUUAAGCUUGGUACAGUUCACCUUUGCCGCAGUGUGAUAAGGAGCAUUGAAACUGCAAGAAUAUUUGAUUUUGAGGAAUUCCCUAAGAGAGAUAAGGUCACUUACAUGUAUUAUACAGGCCGCCUAGAAGUUUUCAAUGAAAAUUUCCCUGCUGCUGAUCAUAAAUUGUCAUAUGCCUUGAGGCAUUGCAAUCCACAGAGUGAAGCAAAUAUAAGGAUGAUAUUGAAAUAUUUGAUACCUGUGAAGCUUUCAAUCGGCAUCUUACCAAAUGAUUGGCUUCUGGAAAAGUAUAACCUGGUUGAGUAUAAGAAUGUUGUACAAGCUCUAAAAAGAGGUGAUCUCCGACUUCUUCGGCAUGCUCUUGAAGAGCACGAAGAUCGGUUCUUGAGAUCAGGUGUAUAUCUUGUCCUAGAGAAGCUAGAACUCCAAGUCUACCAGAGAUUAAUAAAGAAAAUUUACAUUAUCCAAAAGCAGAAGGACCCGAUCAAAGCUCAUCAGCUAAAAUUAGAAGUAAUUGUCAAAGCAUUGAAAUGGCUUGAGAUAUCCAUGGAUCUCGAUGAGGUGGAGUGCAUAGUGGCCAUAUUAAUAUACAAAAAUCUUGUGAAGGGGUACUUUGCACACAAGAGCAAAGUUGUAGUUUUAAGCAAGCAAGAUCCUUUCCCUAAAUUGAAUGGAAAGCCUGUCAAUUCAUAG